AAGUCAAGCAAGCAAGAUAUUCGAGACACACCAUUACCCCUUCCUUAGUCUCUGGGUCUACUCAAUAACACUAUACUCGCUCCGCAGUAGAUACCAAUUCUCCAGGCGUCUCAACUACAUCCCUCUUCCAACAAUACCACCAUAUUCGCAACAUAACUACGAAUUAAUCCGACACCACACCUCGCAUCUUUCAUCAUGCCCGCAGCCUCAGUAGCAUCCGCGCCGGCCAAGCGCACCACCAACAAGGCCACCGCUUCAAGGGCUCCCAAGAAGGCUACCCAGAGCGCAAAGAAGCCUCAAACGAAUGGCGCAACCAACGGAGCGUCGCAACCUCAGAUGUCACCAUACACUAUCAUGGCUUCGAGAAUCGCAAACCGCGUGGCUGAAAUGGCAGAGAACAUGACAUUCGUCGAGCGCGAGAAGCCCCAACAGCAAGCGCAACAGCAGCAGCAACAGCAGUCUGCCCCUUCAAACUCUGGAAAGAAGCCUCCCAGGAAACUCGAGAUGCGCAUGCCCAACAACGGCGCCUCGCCUACCAACAUUACCUUUAGCGCACCUUUCCUCGACAACACACUCGCCAAGCUCCUCACGCUUCAGAACCGCAUGCUGACAGUCAGCAACGACAUCGCAGCGUGCGAAGACGUAGACGACAAGACUAAGCAAGAGCAGUUUGCGCAGAGCGCAGAGUUGAGCCGCAUCAUUGCCUUGAUUUGCGCUGAGAAGGCUAGACAAGGUGCUUAGUUUGUUACUUUUGUC